GAGAUGCGGCAGCACCCAGCGCGGAGGCUCAGUGGGCGCGUACCGUUCACUGGACAAAGCGAAGCGACCCGCACGGGGGGAGGCUUUUUCCCGCGGUCCGCCUGGCUUAGCCUUGGAGCGCAAUGGUCGUGCUUGGCGAGGGGGCAACGUGGCGCUGGGAAGGGGCCGUCGCUCUCUUCUUAGAGCGGCUGUGUGAAAUGGUGGAGGGCGGCUUUGGGUAACGCACAUGACUUGCCGGGGCUGGCUGUCGUGUGGCCGCAGCUGUUCCCACCCCCCACAAGGGGAAGGGGACGCAGGGCUUCCUCCUCUAUGUUGGGCUGCGGCUUAGCCCUACUCCGUGUUCGCCUAGUCCCGUUAGGACACCCAGGCCUUUUAUGUGCACCCACCACAGGCCUGUCGCGCAGCCUUACCCUUCGUCCCUCUACCACGGGCCUUUGUUUCCCUCCCCUCAUCUCCUCUCAAUGGAGACAAGACGAGGUGCCCAGCAGCAGGGCCCGACCCUCGCCCUCUGCCCCACCCUCCCCCCGGACUUGGCUACAAUACCACCGCUCUGGCUGCCCGGGGAUGAGAAUUGGGCGGGAUUGCUGAGUCAAAGGCCUCUUCUGGCCUUUAAUAAAGGUUUCCCUUUGCCUUGCUCAUUUUGUAGUUUGCAGGGGUGGGUGGUGAAAUCUGUGCCCAGAGGUGAUUAGUGUGAGAAACUGUGUGGGGAAGGGGAUGAGUUUGCUUCAUCCACAUCAUAUGUUUAUAUAAUCUAUUUAGGUUAAUGAAGUGUAUAUUUCUUAAUUAAGUAUUUUAGUCUUCAGUAUACCAUGUGUGCAAUUUGGCAGAGUUAAUGUCUGUAUUAGCCUUAACUCUUGCCUUCUGAUCCUUGUUUGCAACAUUACAGUUGCUUUAACAUAAUCUGCAGUUUAUAUGUAUUUUCUGCUGUGUCAGGGUUACUGUAAAAGCUCUGCAAGUCUGCAAUAAAAAUGGCCUCCAAUAAAACUACAUUGCACAAAAUGGGAAAGAAACAGAAUGGCAAAGGUAAAAAAGUUGAAGAAGCAGAGCCUGAAGAAUUUGUUGUGGAGAAAGUCCUGGACAGACGUGUAGUGAAUGGGAAGGUUGAAUACUUCUUGAAAUGGAAAGGAUUUACAGAUGCUGACAACACAUGGGAGCCCGAAGAAAACUUAGAUUGUCCAGAGUUAAUCGAAGCCUUUCUGAACUCCCAGAAAGCUGGUAAAGAAAAAACAGAUGGUGGGAAAAGAAAAUCUUUAUCAGAUAGUGAAUCUGAUGACAGUAAAUCAAAGAAAAAGAGGGAUUCUGUUGAUAAACCAAGGGGGUUUGCAAGAGGUCUUGAUCCUGAGCGGAUAAUUGGAGCCACAGAUAGCAGCGGAGAACUUAUGUUUCUCAUGAAAUGGAAAGACUCGGAUGAGGCAGACUUGGUGCUGGCCAAAGAAGCUAACAUGAAAUGUCCUCAGAUUGUAAUUGCUUUUUAUGAAGAGCGACUAACUUGGCAUUCGUGUCCGGAAGAUGAAGCACAAUAAUCAUUUGCAUUGCUUUUUUUAUAUAUAUAUGAAUAUGAAAACCUGGAUUUUGAUUUUAUUCUUUGAUUUAUUAGCAAUGUGAGGAAAACCUCUACAUUCUAAUGAGAAUUGAGUUUGAUAUGUUUGUUUUUUGAAGUAGUGUGUUUUGCAUCAACAGCAAGUAAAUAAAGGCUUUCUGCAACUUGCUUCAUUAAUGACAGGACAGCAUUUGAUACUUCUUCCUCCAUAUUAGGUAAAGGCUUUUAUAAACCUUCAUGAUCCUCCAUAGUUAUUACUGAAUCAUAACAAAUGUUUAAACAAACUCACAGAUGUUUUAUAGUCUUCUAUGCUAUUGAUGUGCAUGUAUCUUCUUUACCCCAACCUAGCCCCAUAACAUGUAGAACCAUUCUUUUUAGUAUUUGAGGUAAUGUAGUCCCAAAGAGGCCAGGUAAGAACUAACUUUGUAGUAAUUUGAAUGUUAUCAUACUGUAUAUUGUUUACUUUAUUGUAAAUACUGGUGAACAGUGGUCAAUAAAAUAGUUUUAUAUUCUUCCUUU